CGCAACAGAAUCACUUUUUUUUAAAGCGACAGUGUGUCUAGACACCCACGUGAUGGGGCGCGACACUGCGCACUGGAGACAGAGCUAAGAGCGUACAGACCGGGAGAAAGAGAUAGCAAGGGCACUUGCUUAAUUCACGUCACUUUCAGACCCUUCUCCUCAAGAACGUAUCACCUCUCUUUGACCGUACGACUUGUGUUUUUGAGACGGAAACUUCUGCUUAAAGAGGUCAGAGAAAGCAAAAUAAGGAAAUAUAAAAGAUACGCGUUUACGAAAAGAGAAAGAGAGGAUCUGUGGUAUGUACCAGCACAAGUACUCUGUACAGCUUGGCAGUUUGUAAUUUGCCAGCCACUUCUUCACUCGCUUACUGAUCUGCAAGAGUUUGGACCCAUUUGGAGCUAGGAAAAACGUCUGAUGGCCAAAAUAAAGAUAUGUAAUCAAGAAAACGGGAAAGACAGACGGAUACAAUAUUAUUUUUGAAAAGAGAAAAGUAACGAUUAGACACCAGCCUCUCCACUAUUUGCGGUCGGAUCAAGGAUUGUGGAUUAAAUGUUUAAGAAAACCAGGACAAGCUUGGCUUUGAAUGGAUAUAUUUGCUGUUUGCAUUUCGUACUUUCUGUAACAGAAUUUUGAAUCGCGUCGUCCACACAGUUGCACAGUCUCUUGAUUUUUUUGACGUCCUGUAUUUUUUUUCCUUAAAGAACAAUAUUGAUGUAGCGUUUUUAUAUGUGAAUACUGACUAGUGCCUCUGUGGUGCACUAAUUUUGCUGCUAAUUGUGUAUGUUGGCCAUAUUACAAUUGUAUUUUACCCAAGUAAACCACAUUUUGUUUUAUUGGGAUAUUUAUUAGGCUAUACUAAUCUAAAAGUAUAUAGGCAAUCUGUAUUAUUUACAAUCUGUAGUCAAAUGUAUGCAGUAUUUAUAUACAUAUGAACGUGGGGUACAUUUAAAAACGUGUAUUUCCCCCUAAAACGCAUUUUAAUACAAAAUUCUAUAUUUUUACGGGUUUUGGUAUAUAAAUAAAAGAGACUGGCGUAUGUUACAGACUGCCUUUGCUGCGCCAAUUCCCAGUUUAUUGGUAAUAUUAUUUCAGGCUGUUUGUCAUUGCCUGGACUCGGAUCCCGGAUUCUUCAUGAUUUGCGGACAUCAUGCUCGUUUUUUAGCCGGGAAACCCUCUUUCCGUCCCGCAUGUUCAGGACCAAACGAUCGGGGCUCGUCCGGCGACUCUGGAGGAGCCGUGCGCCCGAGGAGGGCGACGGGGAGGCGGAUACCCGUGCGCAUGGAACCGGGGGCUGCUGUAUGGGGAAAUCGGCAAAGGUUUCCAAAUCUAACCCCGGAACGGAGGCUGAACUGAAAGCCUUGACCCAUUUGAUACUGAAAAAAAUUAAAGAGAAACAAUUAGAGGCGCUUUUGCAGGCGGUGGAUUCUAAAGGGGGUGCCCGGAGCCCCUGUCUCCUUCUGUCUAGCAAGGUGGACUCCAAACUGGGUCAGCAUUCGUACUCUCUCCCUUUGCUGCUCUGUAAAGUGUUCAGGUGGCCGGAUCUCAGGCAUUCCUCGGAAUUAAAGAGGCUAUAUUGCUGUGAAUCUUAUGGAAAAACUAACCCAGAGCUGGUUUGCUGCAAUCCCCACCAUAUGAGCAGGCUCUGUGAAUUAGAGUCUCCCCCUCCUCCCUACUCUAGAUAUCCAAUGGACUUUCUCAAACAACCUGAUUCUCCUGACUCCGUGCCUUCCUCCACUGAAACUGGGGGAACUCAUUUUCUGGCCCCUGGGGGGCUGUCAGAUUCCCAAGUUCUUCAGGAGCCAGGGGAUCGAUCUCACUGGUGCGUGGUGGCAUACUGGGAGGAGAAGACACGCGUGGGACGCCUGUACUCUGUCCAGGAGCCAUCCCUGGAUAUUUUCUAUGACCUACCUCAAGGGAAUGGCUUCUGCCUGGGACAGCUCAACUCAGACAAUAAGAGCCAGCUGGUGCAGAAAGUGCGCGGCAAGAUCGGCUAUGGGAUCCAGCUCACCAAGGAGGGAGACGGCGUGUGGGUGUACAACCGCAGCUGCUACCCCAUUUUCAUCAAGUCGGCCACACUGGACAACCCGGACUCGCGGACGUUGCUGGUUCACAAAGUGUUCCCGGGUUUCUCCAUCAAGGCCUUUGAUUAUGAGAAGGCCUACAGCUUGCAGAGGCCUAACGACCACGAGUUCACCCAGCAGCCCUGGACUGGCUUCACUGUACAGAUCAGCUUUGUGAAAGGCUGGGGUCAGUGCUACACAAGACAGUUUAUCAGUAGCUGCCCGUGCUGGCUGGAGGUUAUUUUCAAUAACCGAUAACCACCUCUUAUCAAGCUCAACAGGACUAACCCCGUUUUUUUAGGGGUGGAAAAAUAGACAAUGGUAAAAUAAAAAAAAAAGAACCCAAGGACUUCUUUAAUAAAUAACUAAGAUUUAAUAAAGAAAAAAGUGUAUUUUAUGUUAUAUAUAAAUAUAUUAUUACUUGUAAAUAUGAAGACGUUUUAUAAGCAUCAUUAUUUAUGUAUUGUGCAAUGUGUUAACGAGAAAAAAAAAAAGAUGCACUUUGCUUAAUAUAAAUGCAAAACAAG